AUGGUUGUCGCUAGAAGAUUAUUAUCAAUCUCAGUAACACUGAUCAUAAUUUUAACACUUUUGGUCAAUGUAAUUGCAAUUAAAGAAACAGAGGAAUCGAAACACGAGAGCUCAAGAAAUACAUCAAUGGUGGAUCAUGAAUGGCAUGGACACGCCGUUAAAGACCCAAAAGAAAUAGCAGCCAUGGUCGACAUGAGCAUACGGAACAGUACAGAGCGGAGGAGACUCGGCUACUUCUCCUGCGCAAACGGAAACCCAAUAGACGACUGUUGGCGAUGCGAUCCAAAAUGGCACCGCCGAAGAAAGCGUCUAGCAUCUUGCGCAAUCGGAUUCGGACGAAACGCCAUCGGAGGCCGCGACGGACGUUUCUACACCGUCACCGACCCAUCGGAUCACGAUCCGGUUAAACCAAAACCCGGUACGCUCCGGUACGCCGUGGUACAAGAUCGUCCGCUGUGGAUCGUCUUCAAGCGCGACAUGGUCAUCACGUUAAACCAAGAACUCAUCAUGAACAGUUUCAAAACGAUCGACGGUCGUGGCGCGAACGUGCACAUCGCAGGCGGUGCAUGCAUCACGAUACAGUACGUGACGAACAUCAUCGUGCAUGGGAUCAACAUUCAUGAUUGUAAGAGAACUGGUAACGCUAUGGUUAGGAGCUCGGAGACGCAUUAUGGUUGGAGAACGAUGGCGGAUGGUGAUGGGAUCUCGAUUUUUGGGUCGAGCCAUAUUUGGAUCGAUCAUAAUUCUUUGUCGAAUUGUGCUGAUGGAUUGAUUGAUGCCAUAAUGGGAUCUACGGCUAUUACCAUUUCGAAUAACUAUCUCACGGACCAUAACGAGGUUAUAUUGUUGGGGCAUACAGAUUCAUACACGAGAGACAAAAUGAUGCAAGUGACCAUUGCAUACAACCAUUUUGGAGAGGGUCUUAUACAGAGAAUGCCAAGGUGCAGGCAUGGUUACUUCCACGUGGUUAACAACGAUUACACUCACUGGGAAAUGUAUGCGAUCGGUGGAAGUGCUAAUCCUACCAUCAACAGUCAAGGAAACCGGUUCCUCGCCCCGGGAAACCGUUUUGCUAAUGAGGUGACGAAGAGGGUAGGUGCAGGGGAAGGAGAAUGGAACCAUUGGAACUGGAGAUCACAAGGAGACUUAAUGCUAAAUGGUGCUUACUUUACUUCAUCAGGAGCUGAAACUUCUGCAAGUUACGGUAGAGCUUCUAGUUUAGCUGCUAAAUCAUCUUCCCUUGUAGGUAUGCUUACCUAUAGCUCUGGUGCCUUGAGAUGCAGGAUCGGUACGCGUUGUUAA